AUGACCACUCCGAACGAGCCUCAGGUUAUCCUCUAUGACUUGGCUUCUACCAAGGGCCUUUGCUUCUCACCAGUUGUUUGGCGUAUCCGCCUAAUGCUCAACUACAAGCGCAUUCCUUAUCGGACGGUCUUCCUCGAGUUCCCCGAUAUCGAGCCGACUCUAAAAGAACUUGGCAUCGCACCGGAAUCAGGAACGAAAUACACCGUCCCUGCUAUCCAGCACCUACCAACUAAUACCACGAUCAUGGACUCCACCCCGAUUUCGCAGUUUAUCGAAAAGACCUACCCAGAUCCGCCCGUUCCACUGGCAUCGGACCUGGGCCAAGAAAUCGAGGCCAAAUCACGAUCUGUAGUGGGGAAAUCCUUCUACAUAUCCGUGAUGCCGCGCGAGAUAGAUAUCCUCUCUCCACGCGCGCAGGAAUUCUACCGACGUACUCGCGAAGCCACACUUGGCCACAAGCUGGAGGACCUCCUUGACCCGGAGAAAGAGGAGCAAGUCUGGAAAUCCUUGAACGACAGCACCAGCGGAAUUAGCGAGCUAAUAAAGACGAACAAGGCUGACGGGCCAUUUAUCCUUGGAGCAAAGCCCAGCUACACUGAUUUCUUCAUUGCGGGGUCGCUCCAGUCUGCGAAGAUGGUGCAUGAGGAUGUGUUUCAUAGAAUUACACAGUAUCCCGGUUUCAGGGACGUUUAUGAGGCUUGUGUGCCAUACAUGGACAGGAAGGAUUGA